CCGACCAAUUGAGGUUAGGAAACUAAACACCCGAUUAAAUUAAAAUUCUGUCUUAACUUAAGCCAAUCAUUUUAUUGAAUGUGUUAACUGCUAAGAGAUAAAGUGCACUGAACAACAAUGGAAGAACAGUCACAAAAAAGUUCUGAAGAUUUAAGCGCAGACGUUAAAUCAACGUCGGAAGCAUUAAUGCUAAAACCACCCACACCCCUCUUGAAAGUUGAAAGGGAAGGCAAUUGUUACUGCGGCAAGGAUAGAAACCUGAAUAUUAUUGAGCUACUUUGUGCCAGUUGCAGCAGAUGGUUUCAUGAAUCGUGCAUCGGCUAUCAACUCGGAAAGCUCGUACCUUUCAUGAUGAACUAUAUUUUCUUCUGCAAAAACUGUUCCCCCACAGGAUUAGAAAGUUUUAAGAAAAAUCAAGCAUUAUUCCCACAAAUGUGUGUGACAGCAAUUGGUAAUCUAACGCAAGCAAGUAUAAAAGAAGGAUGUCCUCGUACAAAAUUUAGCAAAGAAAAAGAUAUAAUACCGUUUAUUGAAGCACACUGGGAAGGAAUGACGACCACCUCCAGAAGGGUUACACAAUCCUGGCAUUCAACCGUUCUACGAUGUCUGAUGAAAGAGACGAACGUGUUGUUCACAUGUGAGGAGACGGAGGAAGGUCCUUUGUACAGUCUGCUCAACACAGAAUUGACUCAGAUAAAGCCUAACUACGAUGCAAUGAUACGCGGAGGCUCUCUCAAGGUCACUGAUAUGGGAGUGCAGCAAGUUAGCGGACUGGGUGUAGGAAAGGGCCGUGGGGCGAAGCGUAAGGUCCUGGGGGAGGGUACGCAAGGUCCUGGCAAGAAGGGCCGGGGCGGAGACAUGGCGGCUCCCAAACUGCCCGCCCACGGCUACCCCAUGGAACACCCUUACAACAAAGACGAAUACCGCUACAUACUGGCCGAACCUGAUCCACAUGCUCCCUUCAGACAGGAGUUUGACGAAAGCAGUGACUGGGCAGGCAAGCCGAUCCCUGGCUGGCUUUACCGCACUCUCAGCCCCAACUCUGUAUUGCUGGCUUUACACGACCGAGCCCCUCAACUCAAGAUAUCAGAGGAUCGGCUGGCUGUGACCGGGGAGAAAGGCUAUUGUAUGGUACGCGCCACUCAUUGUGUCAGUAGAGGUAUGUGGUACUGGGAGGCCAGUAUAGAGGAGAUGCCAGAGGGGGCGGCCACCAGACUCGGCUGGGCUCAGGAGUAUGCUAACCUACAAGCACCUCUCGGCUACGACAAGUUUGGCUACUCCUGGAGAUCAAGGAAAGGUACAAGGUUCCACGAGUGCCGAGGUAAACAUUACAGUCCGGGCUACGGUGAAGGAGAUGUCCUCGGCUUCCUCAUCAUCAUGCCAGACGAGACAGGCAACACGUACAUACCUCAGACCUACAAAGACAGGCCGUUAGUAAAAUUCAAGAGCCACCUGUACUACGAGGAGAAGGACAGAGUAAACGAGUCAUUGAAGAACCUACGUCCCCUAAAAGGCAGUAAACUGAUCUUCUUUAAGAAUGGAGAGUGUAUGGGAGAGGCGUUCUUGGACAUUUUUGCAGGCGCUUACUUCCCUGCCCUCUCUAUACACAAGAGCGCAACCGUCAGCGUUAACUUCGGACCAACCUUCAAGUGUCCUCCCAUCACUGACUACGACUACCGGGGCAUGCACGAGAAAGCGGAAGAAGCGAUUUGUGAACAGACCAUGGCAGAUCUACUCUACCUCACUGAUAAUGAAGAGUCGAUUGAAAAGCUAACUAAAGAAAAGAGUUAUUGUUUGCAAGUAUUACUUCAGCAGUCGCAGACAAAGCUAAGCUUUCUUCACCAACAGCCAUCAUUUUAUUGGUCCCAGAGUCAUGGCUUUCAGAGACCUCCACUGAAAAGUAUCAUGACAACCCGAUCAGAGUUAUACUACAAGACACAAUGAACAGUUGAUACAAGUCAAUGUACGUCACGUUUCACCAAGGAUAGGGGCAAACCUAUGAAAAAGCUGAACUACUGCCUAAAGCAAGUUGGAAAUCUCAUAUGAUAUUAUGUGCAAUUUUGUUUAGACUUAAAAAGAGUUUUAAUAGUAAAAAAAUAAGUGUUCAUAUCUAUAAAAGAGAGACUGAAGUGUUAUGUGUUUUUUUUCAAGUUUAAGAACGUUAUGUAUUUAUAAAGAAAAAGUUGU